AUUGCGUUUUUACCGUACGUCCGCGGUCCGUACCUAAUCUAUUUUCUACUUGAGGAUACUAUCGUAGAUUUUUACUUGUUAGUUAGUUAUUCAAAAUAUUAAUACUUCACACAAUUAUACAAUAAAGACAUCAUUUUUCGUUAAAGAAAUGUGAUUAAUAUCAUAUCCCACCAUGUCUCAUAUCGGUAAAUUCCCUUCGCUCAGUGGAAAUUUCAAGAAACCUCCUCAGCGAAAAACCAGAUUAAACCGCACCAAUGAAGAACUGUCGCCGAUAUCGUGGAGUCGUUAUUUCAAAACCAAGCGUAUUGUCGAAGUGAAUGGAAAUCAAAUCAUGACGUACUCCACGGGUGACCCCAAUUCAGUAUUGAUAGUUUUACUCCACGGUGGAGGAUUUAAUGCUCUUACCUGGUCGCUCUUUGCGGCGGAUUUAGAUAAACAAGUCGAAUGUCAAGUAUUGGCAAUAGACCUCCGUGGUCAUGGGAAUACCGUUACGACAGAUGACAACGAUUUAUCCAUGACAUCAUUCUCCAACGAUGUAACAAAUCUCCUAUGCAAAUUGUAUCCUGAAAAAAUGCCUUCAAUGGUGUUGAUGGGCCACAGCUUGGGUGGCGCUAUCGCAGUAAACAUAGCUUCUAUGGCUGAAUCUAAAUUACCAAUAAUCGGUCUGGUUGUAAUUGAUGUUGUCGAAGGGUCGGCUAUGGAAUCUUUAUCGAGUAUGCAGAGUUUCCUGAGGAGCCGACCCAAGUCGUUCAAAAGCAUCAAGGACGCUAUCUCGUGGGGAAUGGGAAACGGUCAUAUUAAAAACGAGGAAUCGGCUAGAGUUUCAAUUCCUGGGCAAAUAAAAAAUGUCGCCACUGGUAAACUAGGUACAGACGAACUCGAGGACCAACCAAUUGAAACGCCUAUAAUACCGGAAUCGAACAAUGUACCCCAAUAUUCGUCUAUCGAGUCGAUAAACGAAGACGAAGAGUGUAGUUCAUCGACUAUUUUGCCAACUAAGAAUGUAGGGGACUACACUUGGCGGAUCGAUUUGUGCAAAACUGAAAAACAUUGGUCCGGAUGGUUCCAAGGUUUGUCGAAGAAAUUUCUAUCGAUACAUGCUCAAAAACUUUUGUUAUUGGCCAACAUCGACAGAUUGGAUAAAGAUUUAACUGUAGGGCAAAUGCAAGGUAAAUUUGAAAUGCAAGUAUUGACUCGAGUUGGACACGCGGUCCAUGAAGACGAUCCGGAAAAGGUCUCCAGCAUAUUGUCAAAUUUUCUUGUACGAAACAAAUUCUCCACGCCGAAGGCAGAUUUUGUUCGGAUGCAUCCUGGCUGUUGAUUUCAUUUCUAGACUAGAAGAUUUAAACGUCAACAUUUUUUGAGAAACUCUUAUAAUUAUUAACAAACAAUAUUAAUUAAAUAUAACAAGAAAUAAAUAUGUUAGCAAACUACAGUUAGUUAAAUAUUUAACGAGUAUAAUAAAAUUAAUUUUUUUUUUUUUAUAA